GGGGGCGCCGGGACGCACUGGUCCAGGCGCGAGUGGCGCGCGUGGACGGCGCUGCUGCUGCUGGGCACGUGCCUGCUGUACUGCGCCCGCGUGGCCGGGCCCAUCUGCGCCGUGGCGCUCGGCGCCCGCUUCGCCUGGGACAAGAAGCAGUCGGGCAUCGUGCUCAGCAGCUUCUUCUGGGGCUACUGCCUGACGCAGGUCAUCGGGGGACACAUCAGUGACCGAAUAGGAGGUGAAAAGGUCCUUCUGCUGUCGGCGUCAGCCUGGGGCUUCCUCACGSUCGUCACCCCUCUGCUCACCCACCUCAGCUCGGCACACCUGGUCCUUAUGGCCUCGUCCCGGUUCCUCAUGGGGCUGCUGCAAGGGGUGCAUUUCCCUGCGCUGGCCAGCCUCCUGUCGCAGAGAGUGCGGGAGAGCGAACGUGCCUUCACCUACAGCACCGUGGGCACCGGCUCCCAGGUCGGCACGCUGGUGAUCGGCGGCGCGGGAUCUCUCCUGCUGGACUGGUACGGCUGGGAAAGUGUCUUCUACUUCUCUGGCUUGCUCACUUUGCUCUGGGUUUACUGCACGUGCAAGUACCUCCUGAACGAGAAAGAGCUCAUCAUUCCCUUGGAUUGUUUAACAAGAGGCGUCUCCUUGUCCAAGCAGAGCAAAGUGCCCUGGAAGCAGCUCUUCAGAAAGGCACCGAUCUGGGCUGUUAUUGUAGCUCAGCUUUCCACAUCCAGCACGUUCUUCACCCUCCUCUCCUGGCUGCCCACCUUCUUCAAGGAGACCUUUCCCGAGUCCAAGGGCUGGGUGUUCAAUGUAAUCCCGUGGCUGGUUGCAAUUCCCACCAGCUUGUUCAGUGGAUUUCUGUCUGAUCAUUUAGUCAGCCAGGGAUAUAAAACCAUCACUAUCCGUAAGUUCAUGCAGGUCAUCGGCUCAGGUGUGUCGAGCAUUUUUGCUCUGUGCCUGGGGCAGACAUCCAGCUUUUGCAAAGCCAUCGUGUUUGCCUCGGCCUCUGUGGGAUUUCAGACCUUCAACCACAGUGGCAUCUCAGUGAACGUGCAGGAUUUGGCCCCCUCGUGUGCUGGCUUGCUGUUCGGCGUUGGAAAUACCGGAGGAGCUCUGCUCGGGGUCGUUUGCGUCUACCUGGCUGGUUGUCUCAUCGAGACCACCGGCUCCUGGGGUUCCGUCUUCAACCUGGUGGCUGCCGUCAACAGCGUGGGGCUCUGUGCCUUCCUGCUCUUCGGAGAGGCCCAACGGGUGGACACGGACUCUGCCUAUGUCGAGCUGUAGGGAUGCGCUCAGCAAGCCCUUGGAGGGAAGCCGAGUGUCCUCUCUAGGCGUCAUAGUUGCACAAGUGCCAAAGAACAUAUUUUCUUUUUGCAAAAUUUUAACAUGAACAAAACAACCCCAAAACCCCAAACUGAACAAAUGAAAAACCCGACAAGAUCCUGUACCUAAUGGGACUGAAGGAAACUCACAGGAGAAAAGAAAUGGAGUGUUUGCUUUUUGCUCAGGGGAUGGUUGAUGGCCUGGAGGGCCAUUCACUGCAGUGUCACCAGCGAGAACUUGUCCCAUGUGCCUGGUUUGCCCCAGUCCAUGCCCAGUGAGCAAGUAUCCGUGUAGCCAAAGAGCUUAUC